UAAAUCUAUAUAUUAUCUGCGUCAUAUCUGCUUUGUCAUAAAUGAAUUCUUCUAAGGCUGUGGGACACGCAAUGUUAUUUACACCACGGGUUAAUCGCGGCACUAAAAAUAAUGCUGACAACAAAUUAAGCAGGCUCGUUUCUCAAAAUGGCGGACCACACCGGUGGAGACGGAGUAGUCGGUAGUAGCAGCAAUUUGCAGACUAUUAAUUCGGGUGACAGUGAACUCGAUGAAAAGAUUGCAGAAUGGCUGCGUUUAGACAAGCACCCGACCAGCAUUGCAGAAGUACUGAAAUUAAUAAACAAGAUGAAGUUUGAUGAACUGAGACAAAUGAUGAUGUCACCAUUAUCUUUUGGCACUGCAGGGUUGAGAUCAAAAAUGGGAGCAGGUUUUAGCAGAAUAAAUGAUUUGACCAUCAUUCAAGCUACCCAGGGCCUUUGUAGGUAUUUAGAAGAGGUUUUCCCGGAUCUUAAGGAAAGAGGAGUUGUUGUAGGAUUCGAUGCAAGACACAACAGUGAACGCCUUGCCCAGAGAACAAGCAGCGUAUUUGCCAGUCAAGGAGUUCCUGUGUAUCUUUUCUCUAAAAUAACACCUACCCCAUUUGUCCCUUAUAGUGUACUAAAGUAUAAAUGUACCUGUGGAGUCAUGGUAACAGCAUCCCACAAUCCCAAAGAUGACAAUGGAUAUAAGGUAAGAAAAUGUGGAUUUUACUCUGACUUUUUGCAGAUCAAGUCUCCUCGUGACAAGGGUAUUUCACAGUGUAUAGGGAAGAACCAAGUUCCUUGGAAAGACUCAUGGGACAUCUGCAUUUCCAGUCCUCUGAUAAAAGACCCUUAUGAGGAGAUAUGUACAUUCUAUUUUGAAGACAUAAAAAAGUAUUCUCAUUUCAGUGAGGAAAAUAAAACAACAAAACUUAAGUAUACCUUUACUCCCAUGCAUGGUGUUGGACAAAGGUUUGCUGAGCUGGCAUUUGAGGCAUUUAACCUACCCCCAUUUGUAUCUGUGAGAGAACAGAUGGUUCCAGAUCCUGAGUUUCCAACUGUAAGAUACCCCAACCCUGAGGAAGGAAAAAGUGCCUUGGACCUUGCAAUGAAAACUGCUAAUGAGAAUAAGUGCUCUGUUAUUCUGGCAAAUGAUCCUGACUCUGAUAGAAUGGCUCUUGCAGAGAAACAGCCAAAUGGUCAGUGGAAGGUAUUCACUGGUAAUGAAAUAGGAAGCUUGUUUGGAUGGUGGGCAUUCACUUGUCACAAAAGGCAGCAUCCAGAGCUAUAUCCAGGUUCAUCUGUGUACAUGAUUGCAAGCACAGUUUCUUCGAAAAUGCUCCAAGCUAUGGCCAGGGAAGAAGGAUUCCAGUUUGAGGAAACCCUGACAGGCUUUAAAUGGAUGGGUAAUCUUGCUUCUGAUCUUAUGGCUCAAGGGAAAACAGUCCUCUUUUCUUUUGAAGAAGCAAUAGGAUUUAUGUUUGGAACUAAUGUGUUUGAUAAAGAUGGGAUAAGUGCUGCAGUGGUCAUGGCAGAGAUGGCAUCCUAUCUUAAUCGCCAAGGGCUUACUUUAACAGAGCAACUUCACAAGUUGUACCACAGGUAUGGUGUCCAUGUGUCAAACAACUCUUAUUACUUGUGUUAUUCUCCAACUACAAUAAAGAACAUUUUUAAUCGCAUAAGGACUCUUGACAAUGGUCAGUAUCCUAGUGCAUGUGGUCCUUAUAAACUGUCAGGUAUUAGAGACUUGACUGCUGGGUACGACAGUACCAAGCCUGAUAACAAACCGAUUCUUCCAGUCAGCAAAUCAAGUCAGAUGAUUACAUUCUAUUUUGAGAAUGGGUGUGUUGCCACUCUUCGGACAAGUGGCACAGAACCAAAGAUUAAAUAUUACGCAGAGCUUGCUUGCCAUCCAGGAGACAAGUACGUGGAUUUCUUUAAUUGAUUGAUGAUAUAACCACAAAUUUCAGGUGCAAAAAGAGGUGCACCCAGUAUAAGCCAAUGGGCCUGCAUACACUCAAAUGCCCUUUUUGGAGAGCGUCUUUUGAAUCUCAGUGCAUUACCUGCAAGAUCAGAGACCUGCUUAAACAUCAGUGUAGAACUUGCUUUGCGCUUUGUAUCAUUGUGAUUGAAAGUUACUAUGGGUUAUUCGUGUUUGCACUAAAGUGCUUUUGAAUGCAGCAUGCUCUCCAACUAUGUUAGCUGGUAAGGUGGUCCCAUCCAUCAACCUCUAUAGAACUAGCUUUACGGGUUUGACGUAAGUUUUAAAGUCUAGGCCAUGGACAAUUUGAAAGUCACCAAUGCAGAAAAGGCAUGCCUCUAAUCCAUCAGGGUCUGAAAAGUAGCUGAUACAUUACAUAACCGUAAAGUUGGUAUGGUUUUCUUCUGCAAAAAUACAGUGUUUUCUUCGGCAUCUCAUCUAUUUUGACUUUCCAGGGAUGUGAUCCGCCUUCAGAACUAGGGUAGAGAAUCACCUUGAGUAAAACAAUGAAUUAAGUCUCAGUGAAUCUAAUCCAGUUUCACAAGGGGAUAUUAAUGAUGGCAAGCAAUGGCAUUAAACUAACCAAAGAGGAGAGAACCUUGCCACGGAAACUAAAAUCUCAGCAUUGAUAUGGACAUUAAAACGACAGACAAGACUUGUCUCCUGGGGGUUGUUCUUGACAACAAAUAAAAAUUGGACAAUCACGUUUCUAGUAUUUGUCGCAAAGUAAGUGCGCAGAUAAGUGCUCUGAACAGAUUGAAGAAUAUUUUACCACCUAAAACUAAGGAAUCGCUAUAUCGCACACUUACACUUCCAUAUUUUAAAUAUUGUAACAAAGUCUGGCACCACAGCAGAAAAAGAAACACUGCUAAAAUCGAGAAAGUCAACAAAAGGGAUUUGAGGGACAUCUUCAAAGAUAAAAGUACAUCUUAUCAAGAUCUCUUGCAAAGAAUCAGACUCCCAUCCAUGGAAACUCGAAGAAUCCAAGACGUGCCAUUGACAAUAAGCAGUAAUUUGUAUAUCACCUUACGCUCGUCCAAGUAUAAUCUUCAAUAUGACUAUAUCCUUUCUUUGCCAAACAUCAACACGACUAAAUAUGGCCUCAAAUCAUGGAGAUAUUUUUUCCGCAAAGAAAUCAAACAAGCCAACAAAUGAAGUAGGUGGGGGAUUGAAUAGAUACUGGUCAAUUUUUCAUUACUUUUGCGUGUUUGCCGGCUCCCAAAGCUUCACCGGCGAUCCGGGCAAAACAGCUCAAGAUGUGCCAGUAUCUAUUCAAUCCCCAACCUACUACUGUCACAUGCCCCGCCAAAACUCGUUUGAACAUUUGCGGUUACCUAUUAUAACUAAAAGAAUGCCUGAAUCAGACAACCCUGUUGAACCCCCUCACCAAGUUAAGCAACGUUUUUGCAACGAAGCGGGUGAUAAAGAUGUCGCAAUCGAUGGUAAGUCAUUAAAAAAAUCACCAAGUGCUUGGUCUUUGCAUGAUUACCUUUGUGAAGCCCGUGGGAAAAUGUUCACACAAUGUUACAGUCUUCACAAACAUAGAAAAUACCAUUGUAAAAUGUUAGAAACAGAAAAAAUGCCAAAAGAAAAUUAUUAUUCCUACCAAACGACGUUGUUGAAGCCAUGAAACGAAUGAAUCCACACAAGGUUGUCAAUAUUCUCGUCGCAAAAAUAAGCUUUGCAUGACAAUGUUUUGUCACGGUCUGGUUACUAGGCUCUUCUCGGUCGAAGCAUGGCUACAACUGUUAAAAUUUAACUUCGGAAUUUUAGUUAUGCACGACUGGCCAAAAAGACAAUAAAAGUUCACAUCGGGUUUCAAUUUUGUGAAAUUUUUCAGUGAAAUGCAAGGCAAUUUAUGAAACUUGAUAUGCUCGAACGAUCAGAGUAAGAUAUUGUUAACCCCACUUCAGUGACGUCAAUAAGGGAAGCCCCCACAGAUCAGCUGUUUUUUCUGCUUCAGAAAGCCUCUCUUUGUUCUACUGCAUUUUGCACUCGAUUUUUACUUGAAAAAAGGUGAAAAGUGUUAUUUUUAUUGACCAGACCGAGAAGAAAUGAUGUAUUCUAACAAACUGUGGGGAAAAAAAGAGAAAUCCAGCUGUAAAAUUCUUCUUGGCUUCAACAUUCCUGAAGGCUUUGAAAAUUCCUGUCGGCUUUAACUGAAGCCAAGAGGAAUGCCACUGGAAGCAUGUCAAAACGAUACGUCAUGUAAGCACUCAACCACUGCUCAAGUAAUAUCAUGCAUGAUUUUUUUGCCACUCUGGCAUGAAAUAUUCAUUUAUGAGAAAUGCAAUCAAGUGGAAACUGGCAAUCAUGUUUUUAUAAUAUGCAAGUGAAACCGUGUGUUUUCAAAUGUUAAUUCGAACCUCCAGCAAGGCUACACAAAGUGCAUGCACAGCAGGUCUUUGAUUUCAUGCUUCUUUGCAUCUUUAAAGAAAGCGUCUAGGAGCUGGUCAUUAAGAAACAAAUUAUUAUUGAUUAUUUUAUGAUUGUCCUCUGAAUCAAAGGUUUUUUUAUCUAGCCCAACCCAUCUUGUGGCGGCUUUUGGUUCAUUUUUUUGCAAAAACACAACAAACGCAUUUUCUCUCUCCGUGUGGUUUUUAAUAGCAUUUAUCUGUUUUCAUUCUUCAGAGUCUUUUUCUCCAAAAUAUAUCAAAAAUAAAAUAUUUAAAUCUCAAAGAAUCUGUUUUCUAAUGAAUUCACCAUUGUAAAUAACAAAACCUCGUUGUGGUAUAUAGGUUUCAGCCCAAAAAAUUUUAACAUACGGUUAUUAUCCCCCAUGCUUUCAAAAUCUUGGGGUCAGUGAAAACAGUAUUGAUAUAGGUGAAAUCGUCGUCACACCGAGCCAUCGGGUAUACCACUAGCUUUUAUGUGUUUAAUUAAAGCGGGCAAAACUGCUGGCCACCAGAACCUCUCAGGAAGGAUUUUAAUUUUAGUGCAUAACCCACCUGAAAACUGACAAUCAUUUUUUUAUAAUAUGCAAAUGAAACUGUGUUUCUCAUUUUCCUCCUGGCUGCGGAUGUCUUUCUUAAUCUUUUCAAUGUCAGCCGCUUUACAAGACAGCUGACAUGUCAGUUUUGCCCUCACAGCUUCUUUUAGCACAUUGUGAAAAUUCAGUCAUAAUAAGUUGGAACUCUGCUUCAGAGAUCUUGUUAUCUGCCAAUGCUUUGGAAAGAAGCCAGUCAACCGUUUUACGUUUCACUAUGGCGAGCAUGACAAUUUCUUGAUGCUUCUUGAUCUUUGAAUCAAGCUUCUUGCUGGUGAUUAUCAGCCCUGAAGAAAUCAAAGCGAAACAGCCACCAACACCACUUAGUGGAAUUGUGGCCAGCAGCCCAAUGACAGACAGAGCCAAACCAAAACUCGCGCUUGAAAAUGCAGCUGAGAGAACGCUGGAGCCAACAGCGCUCCAGUUAACCACCUUUUUCGUUCGUUUAUACUUUUUGUGAACCACUCGAUAGUGGGCGACCUCGUUGUUCAGAGCGUUCAAAUGUCAUUGAUUUUCUGCAACCGAAAGUCGGGCUGCAGUUGGGGGUAGAGAGGCUGUGGUGAAGCUUCAGGAGGACCGGACGGCAAAACAUUCGCAGACGACAUUGUAUAAAAAGCAUUUAAAUUAUUUCUAAUUCAAAUUCCAGAGGCAAGCCCUUGAAAUGAAAGGGUUCGCCAUCUUCAUCUCUGACACUGAGGGUGAUGCUAUGUUCAAAGGUGUCUGUGGAGCAGUCAUGCAAAACUUCUUGUGGGGGAGGAUGAUAGCUUACUUUUUCAUAAGGCAAGCCUUUCAUUUUAAAUUUAGCCAAAACAUCCCAUUUUUUCCCAUUCAAAAGGUUUUUGGUUUUGUUGAUCAGAUCACAAUGAAUGAAGUAAAUGGAUGGGCUGUUUAGCUUUUUGACAUAAGUUAACACACCUAAUGUCAGCCCAGUGCCAAUCAACCUGGCCAAAGCGUGACUAACUGAAAUUUGUUUUUUUGAGAUUGGGUCCCAUCAUCAUUUUUAGCACAGAAUUGGGUUUAUUUGGUUCUAAUUCCAAUUUUGCCUCGUUCUUAUAUUCUUUCAAACUCGUUGUUAGCUCUUUUGCGAGGCUAUCAACACAGUGCUCUUAAUUAGCGGUCGUCCGGUUGUCCGAGACGACCAAAAAGUUUACCGGGCAACCAAUUUUUGGCAAAAUCAAGAGGCUGGUUGCCCAAGUAAAAAUCAACAGACAACCCAGCUAAAAAUAGAAAAUAAAUUCAUCAUAAACAGCACCCGACUUACGUGACGGUUUUGUAUUGUCAAUGUCCGACACUGUGAAGUUCAUAAUAAUUAAUUUGCCUCAGCUAAGCGUUUGCCUGUGUUUUGGACAUCUGUAAAAUUUACAAAACAUUGCCAGGUACGAAAAUGUAAGAGAAAAACACAAAGUUUCAUGUCUGGUGGCGAUCAAGAUCAAAGAUGCCAUUUUGAACAUGCCACAACUCAAACCCAGACUUCCGCGAAAACCAUUGGCGUACACUAAGAACUAUGGGAUUAGUUCAAGCUUGACCGCCAUGUGAUUCUACACGGCAUGUAAAUAAAGGUAGGAUUGUUACAAUAAUUGUUGUCAAAUUCUUUAUUUCUUUACGAUGGAGACAAAAAUGGAUGUGUUCUUGAGUAGUGCACUGAAAUGUGUAGGUGAGGUAAACAGGCAAGCUCUGUACCAGACCCUUUGAAAGAUAUUUGCCCCGCUCUUUCUACAUUAUGCCAUGAAUUGGCAAGGCAACAAGAGAUGAGUUUCAUGAAAUGUACUUUUGGAAUCAGCUCUUCAAAGAGCUCAGUUUGUCCGUUCUUUUGCAUGACAAUCGUGAGGACAACCAUUUUUCUUCUUCAAAGAAGAUAUAUUGUACAAAUAUAACACAUUCAAAAUGGACUCCCACAAGAAAAUUCAAAAAUGGAUGGAAACACCAGAGGCAAAAACUAUAGAAACCGCGGCACAGAAGAGUGCAUGGGCGGUGUUCACAAAAAAGUUUCUGAACAUGGAUAAAAGCAAGUUUGUUGCUCAUGUUGAAGUUGAUGAAAAAAAUAACGUCAGCCAGAAAUAUUUUUUAGACAGCCCUACUUCAUUGCAGAGCGUUUUUGGCUCGACAAAAAUUUUUUUAGCGAACGGAUGAAAAGUGUGCUCGGUUUGAUGGGCGUGGUACGCUUUCCUUAUCAAUUGUCACUAAUGAAAACAAUAGCAGCAUUGCCAAUCCCACCUGUAGAUUUCACAGAAGCAGCGCCAAGCCUUACGAAAAUAUUCAGUGCCCAGAUGAACAUCUACAUGACACCAGACAGCUACUUCGCGACAAAAUUCCGCAACAUAUUCCAGAACACCAGACUCAAACGCACCUCUGCGGCAGAAUCAAAACGGUGGUUGGGCGGCCAACGCAUACAAUAUUGGCCUCAACAACUCUACUUUGCUGUUUUCUGCACGACAGAGGGUUGUGGAAUUUCUCACAAUCUUUGACAGCGGAUUGUCUCUGCCGCAACAAAUAAGAGCUUUUCAUACAUUUCAUGUGUAUUUCACGGUCAGGCGAAUUUUGUUCGAGGUGGGGGUAUUCAGAGUAUAAGUGCUUUGCCGGGAGAUCCCACGUUCAAUCAAUACAAUACGAGUAAUCCUUAUGAUGAAGCUUCAUACGACAGAAUCUGCGAUGAGUUCAGAAUAAAGCCAUCGAGCAAUUUUCGCUUCACAAACAGGAAAAACCACGGGCUAGAAAGCGUAUACAUUGGCGCGUCAGGGCACGGAGCAAUGAAAACAGGAACCUCUUAUCCAGGGUUCAAUAAAUUCAGUGAUGAAGGAGGGGCUGCAACCAAAGAGAACUGGAUUUCUAACAUACAGCCAGGUGUAAUUGCGUCCACUCAGUAUGACUGGUUCGCUCCAAGCCAAGGCUCUGGUUUGACGCAGGCGGUGCUUUCACUUGUUAAUCAGUCAAUCAAAGCGUUUACUGCGCCUUGGGUUCGGAAGUAAACAUAUACAGCAGUAUUCUUGGCGAAGGAGGUGGAGGGAAAGAAGCCCAGAACAACGGAAGACGCAAAAAGACAACCAGACUUGGCCAAGAGCGUGCAAAGAUAUCAGCUUGCGGGAUGAAGCAAAAGUUAGACUCAAUCUUUCUGUGUGCCUUGGGGCAUGGCUAAUGCCCGCGAGCAUGAUCAUCAACACAGAAAGCACAGUUGGCUAUAACAAAAAGCUCAAACAAGAGAUUUCUGGUAUGAAACUCCGGGCCAACAAUGCAAUGAAUCCAGGUGCAAAGAAGGCCGGCCUUAAACUAAUAGCAGGAGGGCCAUCAAAAAUUAACCCGCCAAACAGCCACCCUUCAAACCUGAUCAACAAGGCCACAAGCACUUCGAAAGAACCCCCUCCCUCACUCACACAAGAAGGGUAAAAAAUAGAGCCCACUGCUUCGCAACAAAACCGCUGUCAUUUUUGGUAUGGUAGAAGUCGUGGCUUUGCUGUUCAUGGCGCUAUGUUAACGCCGCUUCUUAAUGUAUUUUUGAGUUAUUUUUUAUAAAAAAUACCUCUUAGUCGACGCGUCAGGUAUGUUAUGGACAGGUCAAUGGAUUGGUGAGUGAGUGAGUGAGUGAGUGCGUGCGUGCGUGAGUGAGUGAGUGAGU